GCUUUAGGGCUUCACUAGCAACCAUCGCUUUGCACUGGCUGUAUGGCAGGAGUACUGCCUAAAUCGAGACUAGAAGAGGACAGAUUGUCAAACGCAACUUCAAUUCAACACUCCUACAAUGGAUCGGACCACCACAAAUGGUAAACAAAACAUGUUAGCUGCAUCAACCACAGUCAACGUGAAAACAGAGGAUUCACAGCCUACCGUGCCUCUUUUGCCGGUGGGCGCCAAUGGAGCGCCAGCCCAUCGGAUUCAGGCAUUGGCGCCUACGUCAAUACCCCCACCUUCGUCUGCGCCGGUAGCUCCCCCUGCAUCAGCAGCACCACCCCCUCCAGCAUCGGCUGGAGUUGGGGCACCCGGACCAAACCAACCACAUCACCCCGUGGCUGAAUUUCUGUAUCAGCUCACGAAAAUGUUGACGGAUGAUAACAACGAGAUCAUCGAAUGGGUCGAUGGUCGUAUCAAGGUUCACUUCCCAGAGCGCCUUGAAAGCGAAGUUCUACACAAGUACUUUCGCCAUUCCAAAUUCGCGUCUUUUCAACGGCAACUCAACUAUUUCGGUUUCAGGAAAAUCGCCGGGAAGGGCAAGAUGUCUCCUUGUUCUUACGUGAACGAGUCGGCAACUUCUGAUAUUCGUAGUCUUUUGCUUAUCAAAAGAAAAACAAACGGGUCUGCUGCGAGAAAAGCUAUGGCACAAAGAGCCCUUAAUCUUGGUGGAGGCAUGAAUCCCGCCCUUGGCAUCGGACUGCCUGGUCUUGCGGGUACACCGGGAUUCGGAGCACUCGGCGUUGGCGGAGCUGUUGCAUUCCCGAUGGUCAACCAACAGCUUCAAUUCCAAAAGCAACUCGGUCUCGGUGUUGGAUUAGUGGACAACAACCCCAACAACAACGUCCUAUCGCAGCUGCUCAUUCAAAAUCAACAGCGCCAAUCUCUGCAAGACUUGCAACAGCUGGGACUCAAAACCUCUGCCCCGUCUAUUGAGCAACUGCAGGCACAAAUUGCAACCUUGACGAAGAAGCAAAGCGAAGCUGGAGUCAACAACCCCUUCAAUGCUGCCGCACUGAACCUUGCAUCUGGAGGAGCAGCCUCUGCAGCUAUGGGACUUUCGCAAUUCCAACAGACAUCAGAUAACCCAGCAACAGCUGCUUUGAACGCAUCGGUGAAUGCACCCCCGUCUGCUAUGCCGGCUACUGCAGCUAUGAACAUCAAUGCUGCUGCAGGACAGUCCAAUAAUUUCUUCGAAUCUGCGACCAAUCUAAAAGCAUUGAUUGGAAAUGAUCUCAGCAUGAAUGAUCAACAAAAACAGCUCGGGCCUGCCAGUGCCUUGAACAAUUUGAUUCCAAACGGAGCUUCGAUGGGAAAUCUCCUUGCCAGUUCCAACAGACUUUCAUCCCUUCUUAGUCUCAACAGCUUCCUUUCUAGGGAACCUUCCCUUGCCGACUUGGCGAUGAUACCCAACGGUGCUGCUCAGUUCGCUGUCUUGCAGCAGCAGGCAAACGCCGCAGCCCCGACGCCGGUGGCACACGAUAUGAGCCAAACGCAGAAUGCUAACAACCCAUCUUCGUGAUUGCGGAAAAACUGCCACGCUUCAAUACGGUGUAACGAGAUGAAAUAAUCGUUUCGUUUGUUGAAUAUAACCAGCAAAAACCUACAGUUGUAUCCGUGUUCGAGGAGUGGGGAAAAGGGGAAAUAACUGACGGCGUUGAAUAACAUCUUUUGUAUAAAGAAAUGGAAGAAGGAAAGCCUUUCAUAGUGCCAACUGUUAAUACUAUGAACAAAAUUUGCAGUAACAAUGUGAAGUUCUAUGGCAUGGGAAAGUCUACAAUAAAAAUGCGCAAAUAAUUGACUUAAAAAUAC